CCCUUCUCCGACCCCAAGACGGCACUGUCCACUCUCUCUCUCUCUCUCUCUAGUUCUUCUCUUAUCGAGUCCUUUCGUGAUUUCGUCUCUCUUCUUCUAUUGUUCUACUCCCUGAAGUCUGAGCUCUCUUAUAAAACAGAAGACAAGAGUGACAGCAAAGAGAGAUCGAAUCAGAACCGGAUUGAAUCGAGGAAGCCUCACGAAAAGAGAUCUCAUUUUUCUCUCGACGGCAGAUCUCUGAGCUGUGACACAAACCCUAGCAAUGGCGUUGCAGAGGGUGAGUGAGCUCCGCAGCCUCGAUCCCUACAUAUGGAAGGCCUGCGCUGGAAACUCUGUCGAAAUCCCCACCGUCGGUUCCACGGUUUACUACUUCCCGCAAGGCCAUGCGGAGCAGGCUUCUUCUUCUCCAGAUUUUAGUUCUCUGGCCUGCGUCAGGCACAUGGUUCUGUGCAGAAUCGUGUCGGUUAUGUUCCUGGCGAAUCCUGAUACUGAUGAGGUUUUUGCAAAAAUACGUCUUGAACCGCUGGAUCGAUCGUUUUCCGGAAUGGUUCGUAUGCCGCCGGUUGCAGCGGGAUUGUCGCAGGACGGUGACGUUGAAGAUUCUGAGGAAAAGAUUUUGUCGUUCUCGAAGAUCCUGACGCCAAGCGAUGCAAACAAUGGAGGUGGGUUUUCGGUUCCCAGGUUUUGUGCAGAUUCAAUAUUUCCCCCACUGAACUACAAGGCGGAGCCACCAGUACAGACGAUUACAGUGACAGAUGUUCAUGGUGUGAUGUGGGAUUUCCGGCACAUUUACCGUGGGACGCCGCGUCGGCAUUUGUUGACGACUGGGUGGAGUAAGUUCGUUAAUCAUAAGAAGCUUGUUGCUGGAGAUUCAGUGGUUUUUAUGAAGAACCAAACUGGAGAGCUUUUUGUUGGGGUAAGGCGCACUGCAAGGUCAAGCGGCAGUAUGGACUGUGUUCGGUGGAAUUAUCAUGUCGGGUCUGUGGCUUCUCCCAUUGUGAAAAUGGAAGAGGGGUUUGGAAGUGGAGAGGGGUUCUCGAGGAGCAGCAGGGGCAGGGUUCCAGCUGAAUCUGUAGUAGAGGCUGCUGAAUUAGCAGGAGUAAACAGGCCUUUUGAGGUUGUUUAUUAUCCGAGGGCAGGUUCACCGGAUUUUGUGGUUAAGGCGGAGGCGGUAGAGGAAUCCCUCAAUAUAAUUUGGAUGGUUGGUAUGAGGGUUAAAAUGGCAGUGGAGACAGAAGAUUCGUCUAGGAUGACAUGGUUUCAGGGGACUGUUUCGUCAGUUGCAAGUCCAGAUCAUGGGCCGUGGAGGGGCUCGUUCUGGCGCAUGCUUCAGGUUAACUGGGAUGAGCCAGAAGUUUUGCAGAAUGUCAAGAGAGUGAGCCCCUGGCAAGUUGAACUGGUUGCAGCCACACCACCCCUUCAGACCCCAUUUCCCCCCACAAAAAAGCUCAGGGUUCCUCAGAAUCCUGAGUUGCUUACUGAUGGAGGAGCCCUGUUCUAUCCUAUGACAGGAUUUAAUUCAAUGAUGGGAAACUUGAGUCCAUCAUUGUUUAAUUGUAACACUUUUCCUGCUGGCAUGCAGGGAGCCAGGCAUGAUCCAAUCUGUGUACCCAAUUUAUCCAAUUUCAUAUCGAGCAAUAACCAUCAGGUGUUGUGUUCUGAGAAUAUCUGUAGCAACAAUGUGGCACCAAAAUUGAGUUGUAUUUCCACCGAAUUGAGCAUUGGUAGUUCAUCACAAUCAGACAACUCAUCACCACAUAGCCAGAACAGUGUGCAUUUCUUUGGUACUGAAACUUUUGGGAGCCGAAACAGCAAUUUAACAACAAAAGCUACUGUUAGUUCAUUCCAAUUGUUUGGUAAAAUCAUCCAGACAAAACAGCCUUCUGAGAGUGGGAUUGAUGACAUUGGGUGUAUGGAAAAUGAUGGUGGUAAAGGCUACAAUGUGACUGAAGCUGUGGCCAAUCCACUGGUUCCUGCCUUAUCUCACCCUUACAACAAGUUGUAUGAUGGGGUUGACAUUCAAUAUCAAGGAGUCUCAGCAGUGGAAGCUUGUUCCUUAUGAUGGUAGUUGCUUUGGUGUAAUGGAGAUGGAAGUGUACAGGUCUUUCUAGGAGAGGCAGGAAGCUGACUUCUUAUCUGACUGUUGCAGUAAUAACGUGGCCACACAAGGUAGCUUUAGCUGUCAAGUUUGACUAUUUAGUCUAACUUUGUGGUCAUGUAGAAAGAAGCCUUGUAGUUUUCUUUACUUUAAUUAAGUGAUAUCAAGUCAAUUGGUUAGCCAUUGACAGGGACUUGGCAUUUUUAUUAUUAUCUUUUAGUAUUUAGUCACUUGGUAGAAUCUCAUCUGUAUGUUUCUGCCAUUUAGCAACUGUGUAUGUUCAGGAUCUAGAAAGAUCAUAAUUUGUCUAAUGGGGCUGAAUGCUAUCCAUUUUCGUUGCUGUGUCUUAGGAUGCUUUUCCUGUAUUUUCAUGUUAGCAACAAAAUGGUUUUUCCUUUUACAAAGGUUACUUUGAUGAA